AUGGAAAUCAUCAUCGUGGGAGCUGGCAUUGCCGGCCUGGGAGCCGGAAUUGGCCUGCGCAGGGCAGGCCACAAAGUGACGGUUGGCACCCAAACCCCCAUCCACCUACGGCAAGCCAUCACAAUCAAGCCUAACGCAUCCCGGGUGUUGCAGUCGUGGGACUUCUCUCCGGAGCAGUCUGGCAUGGUUGCUAUACGAAAGGGGAGCUUGAUCGACGGCACUAACAUGGAGGUAAUGGUCCCAAACUACUACAAGGACUGCGAGUCGACUUGGGGCCUACCCAUGUACGCAGUGCACCGAGUCGACCUCCACAGUCAGCUCAGACAACUCGCCACGGAGAAGGAUGGCCCCGGACACCCUUGUGAUGUCCAGGUGCGGUCCAAGGUUGUUGACUAUGAUGCCGAGAACGGCAAGGUCACGACCGAAAGUGGCGAGGUUCUCCAGGCCGAUCUCAUUGUGGCCGCGGAUGGCGUGCACUCGGCAGCCGUGAAGCACGUCCUCGGAGAUGAUGUCGUCCAGGCUGGAGAUACGGGAUGGGCCUGUAUGCGAUGGCUGGUGCCGAGGGAGGAGUUUCUCUCAGACCCAGAGACAGCGCACAUGAUCCAGAACUCGUCCACGAGGUACUUUACGGCCGCCGGGGGAGCGGCUGGCUUGGUGUGGUAUCCCUGUCGAAACAAUGAGGUGCAGAAUUUCCUGUAUCUGUCACGGGAAUUCGACACCUCCCAUGUCGGAGAGGAUUUCCGAGCGAUGGUGGAGCCAAGCAUGCCGCUGGAGUAUGCCAAGAAGCACUUUGAUCCGGCUCUACAAAAUGCAAUCAAAAAAGCCAGAGACGUGAAGUUUUGGAAGCUGGUCGCCAGAGGCCCAAUUCCCAAAUGGCAUAAGAACAGGCUAGUCCUUAUUGGCGAUGCAGCUCAUCCCAUGCUCACAUUCCAGGGCCAGGGUGGCGGUCAGGCCAUCGAGGACGGCGCAGCUCUCGGUAUCCUGCUCGACCAGGUUGAUGACAAAGGGGUCAUAGAGAAGCGUCUGCAACUGUUUGAGCAGGUGAGACGGAACAGAGGGUCGGCGCUGCAAAUUCUUUCCAACACCAACCCUCCGGCACCGCAGAGCGUUCGUGAUGCUGCCGCAAAGUAUGUUCCUAGUGGGAGGCUCGAUUCCACUGACGAGAUCAACGACUAUGUGUUCUCGUUUGAUGUAAUUGCAGAAUCAAAGGCAGCGCUUGCCGCUGCGUAG